CAGCACGAGCAACAAAAACUUCCGGUUCAAGGUGACCUGGAAAGCUCUAAACCUGGUGUGAUUGCGGAAUCUGUUUCGGCUGCGGUCCAGUCAGCCACCGCCGUCGAACCCCAGUCGCCAAAAUCUGAAUGCCGUAGUACGCCAGACCGGUCAGAACCGACUGCAGCCAAGUCGGAGGUACUCCCUGCAAAAUCUAACAAGCAACAACAACAAAGACGUCGUAAACACGGACGGCGCAAGGCCCGGGAUGACUGGCCGGAUGACGAUGACUAA